ACGUAGCAGCUCGCCCAGCUAUGCUGUAUAAUCAUCAUUUAUCUGGCACGUAUUCCAAACGAAGUGUGUAUAAAACAAGGGCUUUCUGAAGUAUCCACAAUUAGUGCCUUCGAGUUCUUGGCUGCAGCAAGCACACUCUGGCUUCUGUCCUAGAGACUUGGCAGCAUGAUCUGGCUCAAAUCCUUGAUGCUCCUUCUGGGCAUAGGAGGUGCCCACCUCCAGUGCUUCACGCCCAGUGGCAACGUGCCGGCUCUGGGCAGCAAUGCCAAUCUCUCUGGCAUUGUAGAUUUUGGACUCGGGCUCUACAAACAGCUAACCCUGGAGAGGCCUUCGGAGAACUUCAUCUCCUCCCCCUACAGCAUCUGGGCAGCCCUGGUCGUGGUGUACUUUGGGGCAGCUGGCAAUACCCAGGCACAGCUGGCAAAAGUGUUGCAAGUGGCUGAUAAGCCUUCUGCAAACCGACUGUGGAAAGGGCUGGAGCAUUUAUACAAGCAAGAGUACAGCACCACCAUAAGUGUCGAUGUGGCCAACAGAGCUUACAUCAACGAAUCCUUCACAUUGCUGCCAUGUGUCCAAACUGCUUUCCCAGAUGAGCUCCGCACCCUUAACUUCUAUGAUACUAAGAAAGCAGCCGCAGUCAUGAACGACUUCGUCAGCCAGAAGACACGAGGCUUCAUCCCCAACAUUGUGACAGAAGACCUCAUCCGCUCAGCCAACGUGGUCCUUGUGAACGCCAUCCACUUCAGGGGCCUCUGGAAGAAAGCGUUCAAAAGGCCGUCGACCCAAAGGCGAGACUUCUCUGUGGCUCCAAGCAAUACCGUUUCAGUCGACAUGAUGAGUCAGGUUGAGGACUUCAAUUAUGGGGAAUCAGGAGAACUCGACGCACGUGUCCUGGAGAUGCCGUACGCUGGAAGCAGCCUCUCCAUGAUCCUUCUUCUUCCCAAUGCUAACGGGAAGGGAUCCAGUCCUCUCGCUAAUCUGGUCAGGAGACUCAGCAGUGCUGCUCUCAGAGAUGCCAUCAGUACCAGUAGACUGAAGAGUCGCCCAGUGGACGUGCUCCUUCCCAAGAUCAAAUUCCGUGGAGAGCUGUCCAAAAACUUGGUGGAUGCAAUAAAGAAGAUGGGCAUUAAGGACAUCUUUAACGAAAUUCGGGCUGACCUGAGCCAGUUCAGCUCCAAGAGUAAGUUGGUCGUGACCGACAUCAUCCACAAAGCUCACCUAGACAUCGACGAAGAAGGAACAGAGCCUGUAGCUGCCGCCAAAAGAAAUCCUGAAGCUAACAGGAAUCGUUCGGCACCUGUCCAGUUCCACUGCGACAGGCCUUUCGCCUUCGUGAUCUGCGACCGGAAGACGAACAACAUCCUCUUCAUUGGAGAUGUCAAAGAUCCUGGUAGUUUGCAGAGCUAAUCCCAAUCUGUUAUGAGGUUGUCUGACUGGAAAUCCUUUGAAUGACCCUCGGGAAGUGAUCUACGAUGUAGGCCUAUAUAUCCUCUAUAUCGUCCACUCUACCCAAGAUACUUUGCCCUUUCAACCCUCAGAAAACUUCUUUCUCGACAAAUGGCUAUGGACAUCUGCCUUUCAUAAAGCUACAAUGCUCUUCUAUUGUCAUCCUUUCUUUCAGCUGCAGCGCCUCAGUGGCGUGGUCGGUAUGGUCAAGACCUGCCACUUCGGUGGCUGCAAGUUCGAUUCCCGGCAUUCCAUUGAGGUGUGAAAGAUGUGUAUUUCUGGUGAUAGAAGUUCACUCUCGACGUGGUUCGGAAGUAACAUACUAAGCCGUUGGUCCCGUUGCUGAAUAACCACUGGUUCCAUACAACGUAAGAACAUACCACA